AUGGGCAGCCGGCAAAGCAGUAUGACUACUCGUUUGCAGGCGGAGAUCGGAGGAACAAGCUCGGAAGGUGCGACAGCGGUACGAGGACGUAGCUCCUCAGGCCAUGUCGCCGCACAAGAGUCUUCGAUCGAAGCACACCACACUCCACGCAAUAAUCUUAAUAUUAAAUAUCUCGCAUUGUUACAAUUAGUUGGACAAAUUGUCAACGGAAAUGCCGAUGAAGCACAAAGAAGAGAAGACGAUGACGCCUUCCCAUUCGAGCUCGUCGUACAUGAAGCAGAGAUGGAGGUCGAAGAAGUCGACUCACCACAGGAUUCUCCAGAUGAAUUCGAGGAAGAUAUUGCGGAAGAAGUCAAGGAUAAAUCGGCAUCGGAAGAGGAAGAAGAAGAUGAACAUCAAGUUUUCCAGUUCGAAAAUCCACGAGAUUUAGAAGAUCCUCUGCGAAGAAGAGUCCCGUACGAGAUCCACUUCCCAUUCCGAGAGCCACCACAAGAAGAUGCACCAAUGAGAAUGGCUCAAAAUCCAGUCGACCAGGAAGCCAUCGAUGAUAUCGAUCAAGGACUCAUCGAUAGAUAUCAUCAAGGAUUGGUCGCGGCAGAUCCGCAUCAACGAUUCGUGACACCACUCACGAGAGCCGCAAGAGAAUAUUUGAGAGCUCAAGUCGACUACCAGGAGCGCAGAGCUACUCACCAUGAAGGAUGGACGCAGUUCCUCGAAGCAGUACCAGAGUUCGGGAGAGCUCGCCACUACUACAUCGACGAGAGAAGUCGAUCAAUAUUUAAUCGAUGCAUGGAGAAGAGGACGUCGUGCAGAUCUUGA